CCCGCCGCACUCUGACCCCCGCCCACGCCGCGCGCGUGCACCCCCCGCACCAAGGCGAGCCGAGGCGGCGAGGCGACUAGGCGAGCAGGCGAGACUGGUAGCGCCUGCCUCCGCCCACCGAACCCCACCACCACCACCACCACCGAGGCGGCGGAGGCGGAGGGCGCGCGGGCCGCCACGGCACAGUCCCUUGCCUUCCAAUUCGGUCGUCGACUCCCACGCAUCGAUUGCGCCCGCGCACGCGCCCGCCCCCGCCCCGUCGCUUUGCCGUCUCCGCUCGCGCGCAAGCAACCUAUAUAGCGCGCCGCGAAUCCCGGCCGGCCGGCUUCCUCGUCGUCGUCGCGCCGCGGUGGGAGUGAGGGAGGGGGGAGAUGGAUCUGAAGGACGGCGAGCGGAGGGGGGCGGCGGGGCCGGGCCCGCUGUCGAGGCAGGGGUCGAUCUACUCGCUCACGUUCGACGAGUUCCAGAGCACGCUCGGCGGGAUGGGGGGAGGGCUCGGCAAGGACUUCGGCUCCAUGAACAUGGACGAGCUGCUGCGGAGCAUCUGGACCGCCGAGGAGAGCCAGGCCAUGGCGUCGGCCUCCGCGGCGGCGGGGGCGCCCGGCGAGGACGGCGCCGCGCUGCAGAGGCAGGGCUCCCUCACCCUGCCGCGCACGCUCAGCGUCAAGACGGUGGACGAGGUCUGGCGGGACUUCGUCCGGGAGGGCCCGCCGCCGGGGACGGCCGCCGGGGCGGAGCCGCAGCCCAGCCGGCAGCCGACCCUCGGGGAGAUGACGCUCGAGGAGUUCCUCGUCCGGGCCGGCGUCGUCCGGGACAACCCCGCCGCCGCGGCGAUGGCGGCGGCGGUCCCCGCGCAGCCGGUGGCUCCGCGGCCGAUCCAGGCGGUCAGCAAUGGCGCCUCCAUCUUUUUCGGCAACUUCGGGGCCGCCAAUGACACCGGGGCGGGCGCGAUGGGGUUUGCGCCGAUGGGGAUUGGGGAUCAGGGCAUGGGCAACGGGCUCAUGCCUGGGGUGGCGGGGAUGGCGAGUGCUGCCGUCACUGUGAGCCCGGUGGAUACGUCGGUGGCCCAGCUGGACUCCGUGGGCAAGGGGAACGGGGACCUGUCCUCACCCAUGGCGCCGGUGCCGUACCCAUUUGAGGGAGUGAUAAGGGGGAGGAGGAGCGGUGCGGGUGUGGAGAAGGUGGUGGAGCGCCGGCAGAGGAGGAUGAUCAAGAACAGGGAAUCUGCAGCUAGAUCCCGUGCCCGGAAGCAGGCAUAUACCAUGGAGUUGGAAGCUGAAGUUCAGAAACUCAAGGAACUGAAGGCAGAGUUGCAGAAGAAGCAGGAAGAAAUGAUGGAAAUGCAGAAAAAUCAGGUCCUGGAAGUGGUCAGCAAUCCAUAUGCACAGAAGAAACGCUGCCUGCGAAGAACAUUGACAGGUCCAUGGUAACUGGGUGAUGAUCGGACUUGACAAUAUUUAACAUUAUGGUACUUGUACAUAUCGUCAGGAUUUGGUGAACCCAAAUUUCUGUUGUAUAUUAGUGAUCAACAGAGUCUGAGUGUACCAGUGCUUAACUUUCUUAUCCUGUCACUAUGCCUCCUUGAGUCUGUCGGCUUUAUUGUGCUUCUGUGCCUUCAUGCUCCUUUGUAUACCCUGAUGAGCGAUAGUCCAAUAGUACCUGUUGUAUGAUUUCAUAGGAAGGUCGAUGGAUAUUAGUAUCAGGCAUCAAUUGUGUUCUCUAAGAGAA